CCAUUCCUCGACAUCUGACCCAAAUGGGAAUCAGCAGAAGACGUCAUCUGUUGCUUCGACCUGAUUGGCUGGUCGCCGGCGGACUGUUGUUUGGAGCUGUGGUCGUUCUCUGCUUAUGUGUUGCAUUGCUGAUUUUGUUCCAGGAAUAUGGGUGGCCGGAAAAGAAGCCAAUCACAACGAGGUAUCGUUCGUUGCAGCUGGCCUACCAAAUGGAUGACUAUGCAUCAAAAGGCUCAAGAGUUUUCACAAUUAGGAAGACGCAUCGGAAUCAACAAGCUAGGCUAAUGAAGGACUCCAUUCAGCCAGCCUGCCCAGAUGUUUUGGAUGAGUUUUGGGAUUAUGAGCACCAGGUGGAUUUGGAGGCUUUCAGCAGCAACACUUUCUACAGCCUCCUCCUUAAACAAAGCCUGUCUGUCACUACCAGGCUGGGGCAGCUCACAACCGAGGUAAAAGAGAUGUAUCAGGGAGUCCUUGGGAAACUACAACUACUCCACCCAGGCAUGAUUGCCGAGGAGAGGGAGGGGGAAGGUUACGAGAGGAUGAGAAAAGAGAUGGAGAAAGAAUUGGGGCGACGGAGGGCUUUGGCCUCACAGCUGCGAACUUUGCUUGACAAUCAGCUUGAGGUUUUGAGACAAGAUCAGCAGGCCAAGCAGCGGGUCUACAGUGUAUUCACGACUCGAUGCAGAGAGAGCACCAGACUGCUGUCCAAGAUUUCCAACAACAAUCAGGCCUCUUGUGAGCUUCACCGGCAAAUUCUGACUCAAAAGCUGACGUGCCUUGUGGAUGAAAUGGGGGAGCUGGUGGCAGCAGAGUGCCACCGUCAGGGAGCGUGGGGGCUGUUGGGUGAAGGUACCGGGGCCAAGCUGCUCUGUCCCGACACGGGAACCGUCCUGACCAAAGACGACAUCUUUGGUCCUGACGGGUCUCUGCGUGUCCCUGCUGCAGUUCAUUGUGAUCCAGUCACCGGACUCAUAAAGCCAAACUCUCAAAGCCACAUGUUGCUGAGCAGCGGCCACACCAUGGCAGUGCCACCUGAUUACUUCAUUCACCCACAGACUGGCAGAGUUUUACCCAUCGUUGGCAACGUGGCCUAUGAUCCUGUCAGUUCUACAUUAGUGUUUACUACGGACCUCUGUACAGGUGAUAUCAGAAAGUUGGACAGUCCUCUCCUUCCAUUUCUUCCUUUUCCCACCUCCUGCCCCUCCGAGCUGCCCCUGCCUUGCAUUCGUCUCAAAGGCCUAAAACCAGGUCAUAGGUUAAAAUUGGGCAUGCCCGUGGCAGAUCCAGACACAGGCGUUCCCGUACCCACCCUGGCAGUAACUAUCCACCCACAGACUGGAUUAGUUUACCCCCUGGGAAGGCUGCAUACCUGCCCACUCUCGCGCCUGCUUCAGCCAAUACAAAUUGGCUAUCCCAUGCUGGACUCCAGGACAGGGAAUAUUGUGCUCACUGUUGGGGUCCAUUUAGAUCUGGUAACAGGAGAUGUACAACCAGUAGGUGGAGCUCUACUCGGUGAGGUCUUCACUGAACCUCUGAGUGGGCAGAUGGUGAGAGUAGGAGGAGUCACCAUCAGGGCCGGACAGCUGGUGCCUCAUGGAGGAGGAUAUCAAACAUUAUUAGACAGCAAGGUUCUGGCUGAGAUGCUUAAAACACUGGACCUCCUGAAACCGCUAACUGAUGACUGGGGUUCAGACCCGACUCUACAAAAUAUGCAGAGCCAUCCAGGCAACGAGAACAUAAGCGGUCGACUGGAUGAUCUUCUCGCUGCGAGCAAGGAGCUUGAGCAGGCCUGGGAAAGGAGUCUUCACUGUGGGCUGCAGCUGUGGACCAGGUUUGAGAUGCUGCUGGACUGGACUCUGCAUCUGCAGCAGGAUGGUGGGACACUGGGCGAAAUGCCUCUGCCAGCUUCAGACAUGCGUCUGCCAGCUCUCUUGGGGAUGGAGUAUCUUGACCCUAUGGGAUCUGGUCUAAGUGUUCCUGUGCUUGGAUGCCAGAGGGAUCCUGUCUCUGGGAAUGCAAUUCCUCUGGCAGGAACCAUGGAGGACCCAAAAGGAAAAGGCUUGGUGGCGAUCCGUUAUGGAGCUCAGGCUGUGGAUCCAGUGACUGGGCUGUUGGCCCCAGUGGUUGGAGCGCGGCUGGAUGUGCUCAGCAAAAACAUUGUGCCUAUGACAUCUUCAUUCUGGCUGAUGAUGACAGAGCAAACUGAUGGCGUGCAAGUGGAGGCGCUGCAGAGAGAAAUGUGUGUGAGGAACUCUUACUGGCAGCAGCAGAGGCAGCGUGAGGAAGACAUCCUCAUCGAUCUGGACUCAGCUUUAUGCCAACAUCUCUCCAGUGUCACAGAUGCAAAUUCUCAUCAGGUCCAGUGGUCAGGGAAGCAGCUGAAGGAGGCAGCUGUCGAGCUGCAGGAUACUGCACAAACUGAGGUCCAGAGAAGAGCAGCUCAGCGCUCAUUCUUGGCUCUGGUCCUGCCUCCACAUGUCUUACCUAUCCUUACAUGCGGCGAUGAAGAGGAAUGGGACCAGCAGUGUGGUUGGCACUCAGCCCUUAUGUCUGGCCUUGAUAAGCUGGAUGUGUGCAUGGAUCACCUGCAACAAGACAAUGAGAAAUGGACGUCCCAGGCAGAAGACUGGUCUGCAAACCUCCAUGCGAUGGACAGAGAGCUCAGGCACAGAGAAUUAAGGGAGCAGUGUUGUUCCACACAGACAGCGGUGGAUUCUGCUCUCACGUCGCUCCUUCUUGUCAGACAUGUUUCUCGGCUGCGUGCCAACACAGCCCAGGCUGUACUUUGUGGACAGUUUUGGUUCAAAGACUAUGGCCUGGUCCAAUGUAGUGAAUAUAAGCCAAACAUCACCAUGAUGGCUCUGCUCCAACAGAGGGUUGUUCCUCUGCUUGAAAGAUUGAAUGUGAUCCUGGAAGAAAAACCUUCAACAGACCUGUUCUCCAACAUGUGCAACCAGCAAAACUCUGGUUUGUCAAGAAAGCAGGAGUUUUGGUUGGAGAUCCCUUCCAGAGUGUGGACAACUUCUGUUCCAGUGGUGAAAGGGAACUCGACCAAGUCUCUGAGAGAACCAGUAAAUGUUGCUGAAACCCAGGACGGCAUUCUCCAGACCUGCUCACAGCGACACACUGCGUCGUCUGGUGUUCACUCGCAGGAGAGUCAGCAGACAAAGGACCCUGCUCAGUCUACACAUACAGCCGUCACUACGUCUCCAGAGGAGCAGUGGAAGAGGCUGGUAGAGGUCUCUCCUCUCUUCCGGUUUUUAAGGGAUUUGGAACUGCGGCUGAAGGCCUGGGCUGGGAAGGCUGGUUUACUUGGACAAGAACGUAGUAACAGAGGAAACGGUUUUGUGGAUGUCUUGGAUGCCCAGUGGGAAUGCGAAGGAGAGCUGAUCCCAUUGGACCUUUCAGUCCUAAACCCCAGAGAGUUCCUGGUCUACCAGCAUGGAUUAUUCCUGAUUGACACACUGCAUAAUCUAAAACUGACUCCAGCUGUUUCACUUCAAAUAGCUGUGAGCCUGCCAAAGAACAACUAUGUAAACAACGCCUUCAGGAACUCUUUCUUUUAUCAGGAAGCAGAGGAGACACUCUUUGUCCGCCGUCAGAGGCUGCAGUGUGUCGGUGGUUUCUCUCUCAUGCUCCUUCACUGUCUCUCACACAUUAAAACCAAAGACAUGAGCGCCGACUUUAGUCCAGCAUUCCAGAGACUUUUCUUCAAGACUCUACAGGACUGUUUGCAAGAGCUCUUUCAGGCCAGACUGAGCAUCCGUUCUGGACUGGAACCAAGUUUGUGUGUUGGGUUGCAGGAGCAGGGUGACCUAAAGGAGGCGCUGUCAGAGCCCCAUGUUGUCUCACUGCUUCACAGGCUUCAUAAACCAGGCAGAGGACUACUGUCUGAAGAUGAGGUAGAGAAAAUGCUGGUGAAGCACAGAGAAGCAUCUCUGUUAUCACAUCUUGGAGGAUUUCUGAGAGAGAGAAGCUCUGAAGCCAAAGAGGGACAGGAGGACCAGAGUGGCUGAACCAACAACCAUCAUCAUCAAAUAUGGUUGUAUGGACCCUACAUUGUGUUAAGAAAUAAUACUGAUAAAAGAACCAACAGAUGAACAAAUAUGAACAAAAUAAAAGGUUUGAUUCCUAUCAAUAUCAGAUAAAACUCAAAACUUUCAGGUUUUGUGUCAAAAUGACUUUUUUUUUGUUUCCCUAUCUACAUUUAAAAGUUAACACAAUAAAUUAAAAUUUAUGUCAACGGUUAUAUAAUUUCCUCACUUUUGGGCAACCGGGAACUUAAGCUUGAAA